AUCACAUUGCCUUUAAAAAAGUUAUUUUUUUAGUAUAUUUUUUUUACUUUUACAAAUGUGUUAUCUGUCUGUAACUAAUUCCCUUUAGUGUUGCUUGUGCUCUUUAACCUCAAUUUCCAUGACAAUCAAUUAAGUAAUUAACUGUAUUAUUCAAUAAUGAAACUGUGAUAGACAGUUCCACGGAGACCCUCUGGAUUAUUUCCUUCGUAACAUUUCUUCUGCCCUAUGACGCUACGUCGGACAUAAAUUAUCGAGAAAACGAUAACUCUUCCUUUCUAAAAACCAGUCUUAUCUCGCUGCUUGUCUCAUGCACGUCUAAAUCCUUCAUCAGGAAACGUACGGAUGUCGUCACUUUUACCGUUAAUUUGGCAAGUAAUGGUAUCUCAGUUACAAAUGUUUGAUACUCUGACCACUACAAAGGAAGGCCGACCGUCUGUGGCUCCUCACUGCGGAAUCAGAAGCAAGCAUUUCUGGGUCGGUUAAACAGAUUCCCAGUUCAAGAACGAUGGAUUCAUAGAAUUGUCAAAUUGUCACAGCGUCGACCAAGAUGUGUUGGUGCGUGAGGGGGUGUGACUAAGCUGAAACGCUAAUGUGUCAGAAGUGUGCCGGUGACGUGACAGGGUAUCUGACAACACCAAAGCUAAGGCGGACAUUUUCACAAACAACCCACAAUCCGCUUUUAGAGAAGAAAAAAAAAGACGUUAAACAGUUUGUUCUUUUUGUCUUUCAUUUCCUACAAAUUUUCUCGUUGUCUUAGUUUCUCUUUAAACCACAUUCUGCAUUACUUCCACUCUCUCUCUUUCUCUUUCUUUCUUUCUUUCUUUCUCUCUAACUUACACAUAGUCUUUCUGUCCGUCUGGUUUUCUGUCUCUCUCUUUCUCUCUCUCACAUGUUCUUUCUCUGUUCAUUUCUCUCCCUCUCCGGCUUCCUCUUUCUCACUCUCGCUCUCUUUCUCUCUCUCAUCCUCUGUUUUCUAUCUUAAUUUCUCUAACACACGAUCUCUCUUUCUCUCUCUCUUUCACAUACCUUGCCUGUAUCUCUAUUUCUAUAUUCCUCUCUCUCUCUCUCUCUCUCUCUCUCUCUCUCGCUAUUUCUCUCUGACUUUGUAUCUCUAUCUCACAAUCCAUCUUUCUCUUUCUCUCCCAUAAACUAAGUGUCUUUCUCUCACACUGUCUGCAUUAUUUCUCUUCGCUCCAACUAACACAACCUUUGUCUGACUCAUACCCCAUCUUUCUUUUCCUUUCAUUCACACAUCUCUGCAACACUGAUUAUCCUCACUUUUCCUCUCUCAAAAAUUAAAUUCUAAAGCUUACAAAAAAGAACAAGAAAAAGAGACAGUGAUAAUUCUCCUACUUUUCCCACCACCAAAAUGAACGACAGCGAGUCAAGUGACUCUGGAGGUUUUGACUCUAACUCAACUGCCACACGUAAUUUGGGCAGCUUAAAUGAAUGGCAUAAGAUAGUUAUGUCUCAAUUGUCCCCAGAAGCCCAAACUUUUCUGAUAGUUCUUUACAGUUUAACAACAUUCAGUUCAGUAUUCGGUAAUAUACUAUCAAUAAUAGUCUUCGCUAAAGGCAAGAAAUGUAAAACGGACAUUAAACCUUUUCUUCUCAAUUUGGCCGUUUCUGAUCUUAUCAUGGCAUUAUUCUGUAUUCCAUUCACCUUAAUGGUGGUGCUUUUUCACAUAUGGCUUUUAUCCCCAAUCAUGUGUACCCUGGUUUCGUUCCUUCAGGUAUUUUCUGUAACCAUGAGUUCCUCCACGAAUAUAGCGAUUGCUAUCGAUCGACUUAUCGCUGUUUUGUUCCCGCUUAGAAUUCGCAUAACGUCGUCUCGAUCCAGCUGCACGAUCGCCCUGAUCUGGUUGUUCUCGGUGGCAAUAGCUUCCGCAGAAUUAUUUGUGGCCAGAGCUGCAGAAGUUUACUUCCAAGGAGACAUCGUUAAGGUAUGCGUCGAGACCUGGGAAAAACCGUUGCUCGGUUUGAUUUACUGGUGGUUGAACACCGUUUGUCUUUGUUUCAUUCCUUUUAUUGUUUUAAUGGUGACUUACUCAAUACUUGUUAACGUCUUGUGGAAGAGAAGAGCACCAGGAAAUGAGGACACGAGCAGAGACCAGCUGGCCAUAAGAGCCAAAAGAAAGGUUGUAAAAAUGCUACUUACAAUUGUAGUCAUGUUCGGUGUAUGUUGGACGCCUCUUGGUAUAAUAAUCAUGUUCCUCGAGUACAACAAUGAUCUAGUUUUUACACCCGGUUCCAAAUUGAUGUCUAUAUAUAUUGCCCUACACUGGUUAGCCAUGGCCCACUCUUCUGUGAACCCCAUCAUCUAUGGCUUCAUGAAUGAUAAUUUCAGAGAUGAUUUAAAAGGCCUCUUCAAGAAAUUGCGACUCUUUUCGUCCGUAAGAUCAGCAUCAACAGAGCAUGCGCCAUAGGAUUCAAAUACGACGAAGAAAAUUACUUUGGGAAAAUUUAAAUUGAGGGAAGUAAAUCUUCAGACUUCGA